AUGUUCAAGUUCUGGGGUUCUCAGGAUCAACAAGAGCAGCCACGCCCACAAGAUGCUAAUCCUUCACAAUCUUGGUACCCUCCAUCUGUAGUUAGUUCCUCUUCUUCACGCCCUGCAACACCAACUAGUAGCUCUUCUAGUUCCUACAGUUUACAAAGGCCUUCUGAACGCCCACUCUCUCCUUCACCUGCUGAAGCUGCGGGCAUUAUUACUCUUUUGAAGGACAAAAGUGUUGAUGAGCUACGGAAGCUAUCGUCUGACAAGGAUGCAUACCAUCAAUUUUUGCUUUCACUUGACCAGGUUAAAAUUCAAAACAAUAUAAGAGAUGAGCUCCGCAAGGAAACUCUGCAGCUUGCCAGAGAGAACUUGGAGAAGGAGCCACGCAUAAUGGAGCUAAGAAACCAAGUGAGGAUAAUACGGACAACUGAGCUGGCUGCUGCUCAGGAAAAACUAAACGAGCUGGAAAGACAGAAAGAAGAGUUGCUGAGGGCCUGCUCUCCUUCCUCCCUCCUGCAAAAGUUACAAGAGGCAAUGAAUAAGACAGAGGAGGAAUCUGAAGCCCUCCAUAGGCAGUUCCUUGAUAAGGAGAUAGAUCUUGGGACCUUCAUGCAGAAGUACAAAAAACUCCGUACCACCUAUCACAAACGAGCACUUAUCCAUCUUGCAGCAAAAGCAUCUACGACUGGGUGA